CUCAGUAACGAGUGUGGAUCAUUGGUGAACGGACGGGUUUUUCGGUAGUGCCGGUUUUUCUUUCGCCGUCCUCUGAUUGUCUUGGAAAAUAUCUUCUUCUUGUGCAUGUGUGCAUGUGUUUGUGUGCUCCCUUUAAGUUUAUAAAAAGAAGUUGAAAAGUGUUUGCUGUGGCAGCACCACCAGCAACAACAACAACAACAAAAAUUGUGUAGUGUUUGUUGUUUUCUUGUGUAUAACAGAAAAUGUAUUAAAAGUGCAAGGAAUUGGAGUGGGAGCUGUGCCAUACCCUGUGCACAGAUAAGCUGCAGCUAGAGAAUCGAAGCAAAAUGAGUGCCCAGCACUCAUAGGAAGGAAGUUAAGGACGAAAUUAGAAAUUCUUCCUUUAGCUUAUCCACGUGGUCUACAUUCUGUAAAGGAAAUCGAACGAAAGCUGAUUAAGAAACGGAGCCGGAAGCGCUCUAGUGGAACACGACCCCAAGCCCCGAAGGCAGACGAAGCCAACGAGCGAGACAAGCGCUCAACGAGAGAGCGUGAGCGACAGCGAGUGAGAGGGAGAGGGAAAGAGAUCGAGCAAGAUCUAGCGAGCAUAAGCGAUGUCGCUGCGCAGCGGCCUUAUCGCGCUUUUCGUUGUGCUCGCCGUACUCCAGCAGCUGGAGGCGCAGCGUUUGCCACAGUCGCAGCCGCCGCACGGACGUCGCGAUCGCCCGCGCAAUCCGCCACGGCAAUAUGUGAAAACGCAUCCGUGUGAGCGUUCCUCUUGCUAUCCGGCAACGGGAAAUCUUUUGAUUGGACGCGAGAAUCGUUUGACGGCCAGUUCCACGUGCGGUUUGAAACAGCCGGAACGUUUCUGUAUCCUAUCCCACUUGGAGGACAAAAAGUGUUUCCUGUGCGACUCGCGGGAUGAGACACGCAACGAUCCGUACAAGAAUCAUCGCAUUGGACAGAUCAUCUAUAAGACCAAACCGGGCACCAAUAUACCCACCUGGUGGCAGUCCGAGAAUGGCAAAGAGAAUGUCACAUUGCAAUUGGAUUUGGAGGCGGAAUUUCAUUUCACCCAUUUGAUCAUCACCUUCACCACGUUCCGGCCGGCGGCUAUGUACAUUGAGCGUAGCUUUGACUUUGGCCAAACGUGGCAUGUGUACCGUUAUUUUGCCUACGAUUGCGCUGGAUCCUUUCCGGGUGUGCCGACCAUACUUCAUAAUAUAACCGAUGUGAUGUGCACGUCGCGUUACUCCUUUGUGGAGCCGUCGCGCAAUGGCGAGGUCAUCUUCCGUGUGCUGCCGCCGAACAUUAAUGUGACCGAUCCGUAUGCGGAGCAUGUGCAGAAUCAGCUGAAGAUGACGAAUCUGCGCAUCCAGAUGACCAAGCUGCACAAACUGGGCGACAAUCUGCUCGACAAUCGUCUGGAGAACGAGGAGAAAUACUACUACGGCAUCUCGAACAUGGUGGUGCGUGGCUCCUGCUCCUGCUACGGCCAUGCCUCACAGUGUUUGCCAUUGGACGAUGUGAUUACCAAUGACUAUGAGAUGGUGCACGGACGCUGCGAGUGCACCCACAACACAAAGGGUCUAAACUGUGAGACCUGCGAGGACUUCUACAACGAUCUGCCCUGGAAGCCGGCCUUUGGCAAGCAGACGAAUGCGUGCAAGAAAUGCGAAUGCAAUGGACAUGCCGUCAGCUGUCAUUUCGAUGAGGCGAUGUUCGUGGCCUCGGGUCAUGUGUCGGGCGGCUUCUGUGACAAUUGCCUGCACAAUACGCAGGGUCAGCACUGUGAGGAGUGCAUGGCGUUCUUCUAUCGCGAUCCAGCCGAGCCGCUGAGCAGCCCCAAUGUGUGCAGACCGUGCGAUUGUGAUCCCAUCGGUUCUUUGGACGAGGGUAUUUGCGAUUCGGUCAACGAUCCAGAGAACGGUAUCGAGGCUGGGGCCUGUCAUUGCAAGAAGAAUGUGAAGGGACGUCGCUGCGAUAGGUGCAAGGAUGGCUUCUGGAAUCUGGAUCCCAAUAAUCCCGAGGGCUGUGAGGAAUGCACAUGCAAUACACUGGGCACUGUCAACAAUUCCGGCUGUAAUAUGCACACCGGGGAGUGUCAGUGCAAGCGCCUGGUCACCGGCAAGGAUUGCAAUCAAUGUCAACCGGAAACGUUUGGCCUCUCCGAAUCUGAGGAUGGCUGCACGCUGUGCAAUUGCGAUACGGGCGGCUCCUAUGACAACUACUGCGAUGUAUUGACGGGUCAGUGCCGCUGCCGCUCCCACAUGACCGGACGCACUUGCUCGCAGCCCAAGCAGAACUACUAUAUACCCGAUCUGCAUGUUGUGCACGAUGCCGAGGUGGCUGACAUGUGCAUCACCUAUAGCAACAAUGGCAGCUGCAGCAAUGUGCUACAGGCGCCACCCUCGGACCACGCCCCCGACUUUACAGGCAAUGGCUUUGCGCGAGUGCCAGAGAACUCCGAGAUGAUCAUCACGGUGGACGAUAUUCCACGCUCGAUGCCUUACGAUGUCCUCAUCCGCUAUCAGUCCACGUCCCGCAACGACUGGGAGGAUGCCUUCAUCACGCUGGUGCGUCCCGAUGAGAUCGAUCCCCAGGGCGAAUGCGCUCAGGCCAUCCAGUCGCCCAUAACCGAGGCCCGUGUGCCAUUCACAUUGCCCGAGCGCGAUCGCCAGGUGGUUGCCCUGCACGACGUCUGCCUGGAGGCGGGCAAGGUGUAUAAGUUCCGUAUUUUGUUUGAGCACCGGCGCCACAACGAGGACAAUCCCACGGCCACCAUUUUGGUGGACUCGCUGACCCUGAUACCACGCAUCGAGGUGACGCCCAUCUUCCAUGGCUCGCCCGUGGCGGAUCUGCGCCUGCGCGAAUACAUCAACAUGAACUGUAAUCAAUCGCUGUACGACAUGCGCUACAAGGAUCACACCUCGGCCAUAUGCCGCGACCUGGAGCAGGACGUGAGCACGUACAUCUAUGACGGCGCCAGCAUGUGCAACUGCAAUCCCACCGGCUCGCUGAGCAAGGUGUGCGACGCCAACGGCGGCUUCUGCCAGUGCAAGCCGAACGUGGUGGGCAGGCAGUGCGAUCAGUGCGCCCCGGGCACCUACGGCUUUGGGCCGGAGGGCUGUAAGUCGUGCGACUGCAACAGCAUUGGCAGCAAGGACAACAACUGCGAUCUGCUGACGGGCCAGUGCGCCUGCCAUCCGAACACCUAUGGACGCGAGUGCAAUCAGUGCCAGCCGGGCUAUUGGAACUUCCCCGCUUGCCGCGUCUGCGAAUGCAACGGGCAUGCGUCCGUGUGUGAUCCGCUGACUGGACAAUGCAUCAAUUGCCAGGACUCGACAGAUGGCUUCAACUGCGACACCUGCUUGGACGGCUACUACGGUGAUCCGUUGCUGGGCAGCGAGAUCGGCUGCCGUGCCUGCCGCUGUCCGGACACCAUGGCCAGUGGCAUGUCGCAUGCCGAUGGCUGCUCCCUGGACACGCGCAACAACAACAUGCUGUGCAACUGCCAGGAAGGCUAUGCGGGCGCGCGCUGUGAGAUUUGCGCUGACAAUUACUUUGGCAAUCCGGAGUCGGGUGGCAGCUGCUCCAAGUGCGACUGCAGCAACAAUAUCGAUCCCUACGAGACGGGCAACUGCGAUCGCCAGACAGGCGCCUGCCUCAAGUGCUUGUACGAUACGACGGGCGAGCAUUGUGAGCUCUGCCGCGAUGGCUACCACGGCGAUGCACUGCAGCAGAAUUGCCGACCCUGUGAAUGCGAUUUCCUGGGCACCAACAAGACUCUGGCGCACUGCGACCGCUUCACCGGCCAGUGUCCCUGCCUGCCCAAUGUCCAGGGACUGUUGUGCAAUGAGUGCGCUGUCAAUCACUGGAAGAUCGGCUCUGGCGAGGGCUGCGAGCCAUGCAAUUGUGAUGCCAUUGGCGCCGUGCAAGAACAGUGCCACAGCUUCACCGGCCAGUGCGAGUGUAAGCCCGGCUUUGGCGGACGGGCGUGCAAUCAGUGCCAGGCGCACUUCUGGGGAAAUCCCAACGAGAAGUGCCAGCCCUGUGAUUGCGAUCAAUUUGGCUCUGCCGACUACCAGUGCGAUCGGGAGACAGGUCAAUGUGUGUGUCACGAGGGCAUCGGCGGCUACAAGUGCAAUGAGUGUGCCCGCGGCUAUCUGGGUCAGUUCCCGCAUUGCGCUCCAUGCGGCGAAUGCUUCAACAACUGGGACAUCAUACUGAAGGCUUUAGAUGAGGCCACGCAGGCAACCAUACAGCGUGCCAAGGAGAUCAAACAGGUGGGCGCAACGGGCGCCUACACCACCGAGUUCAGUGAGUUGGACAAGAAGCUCCAGCACAUACGGGAUCUGUUGCAGAACACCUCGGUCAGUCUACAGGAUAUUGAUCAAUUGGAUGCGGCUGCCCAGACCUUGAAGCAGAAGCUUGUCAACUCCCAUCAGAAACUAAGCGACACGGAAGUUAAGCUGGACGAGAUUUACAACUCGCUCAGUGUGUCCGCCGUGGAGCUGGAAGGUCUGCAGAAUCACUCGCGUCUCGUGCAGCAGCUGUCACGUGACCUCAAAGAGAACGGCAUUCAGCUGCAGGAGUCCAACAUUGAGGGCGCUCUGAAUCUAACCCGACAUGCUUACCAGCGCGUCAGCAGCCUGGCCGCUCUCAAGGAUGAGGCAAAGGAGCUGGCAUCCAACACGGAGCGCAACUGCAAGCGCGUCGAGACACUGAGCAACAAAAUUAAGGACGAGACCGAUGCCAUAGCGAAUAAUGAUAAGACCAUAGCCGAUUAUCGUGCAGAGCUGAGUGCCUUGACCGCCCAAAUUCCGGAUCUCAACAAUCAGGUGUGCGGCAAGCCGGGUGAUCCCUGCGACAACCUCUGCGGCGGUGCUGGAUGCGGCAAAUGCGGCGGUUUCCUCUCCUGCGAGAAUGGCGCACGUGCCCAUUCCGAGGAAGCUCUCAAGUUGGCCAAGAACACGGAGGCGGCCAUAACUAGCAAAAAGGAUGCAGCGGAUCAGACCAUUCGCGCUCUGACCCAGGCCAAACUGAAUGCCUCGGAGGCAUAUCAAAAGGCCCAGCUUGGAUUUAUGAAGUCGGAAAAAUAUCUAAACCAAACCGAUGAGAGCAUCAAGUUGGCCGUCAAGCUAUUCGAAGAGGUCAAUGACUUUUUGCAGAAUAAAACGGCAUUACCUUCCGAGAGCAAGCAAUUGGCACAGGACACGCUGCAGCUGGACCUGACGCUCGAUCCCAAAGAGAUCGAAUCGCUGGGCGUGAAGAUCAACGAUGCUGUCUCCUCGCUGAAGAAUGUCGAGGCGAUCAUAUACAAAACACGACCCGAUCUGAAUAACGUCAACGAUUUACAGACCACGGCCAAUAACACCAAAGCGACAGCCAAUGAAAUCCUGAAGGAGGCCAAUUUGGUGGUCGAGAAUCUGGAGGCAGCCAGUGAGUCCCAAGGCAAGGCACAGAACGCCAUACAGCAGGCAAAUAGCAACAUUGAGCUCGCCGACGAGGAUCUCCAGCAAAUUGAUCUGGAGACCAAGGAGGCCGAAUCGCCAGCAAAUAAAACCGCACAGCAGGUCGAGAAUUUGGCCCUCAAGGUGCAGAAUCUGCAGAAGAAUAUACUGAAAAACGAAAUGGAUGCCCAGCAGAUAACCGAGCAGGCGAAUCGUGUCAAGCAGGAUGCGAUCGGGGCACGUGGCGAGGCCAGCAAUCUGCAGUUCUCCACAAGUGCCACCAAUCAAACGCUCACGGAUCGCGCCAAUCGAUCGGAGCAUGCGCGAGAGCGCGCCAAGCUUUUGCUGCAGCGCGCCUCUAAGCUGACGGUGGACACCAACGAGAAGCUCGCCGAGCUCAACUUGCUGCAGAGCACCUACCUGGACAAGAACAAACAGCUGCAGAAACUGGAAAUGUCCAUACAGCCGCUGAACGAGCAGCUCAAUAUCUAUCUGCGCAAUAUUCAGGAAAAUGCCGAUCGCUUCCGACAGUGCACAGUUUAAAGAGUUGCAAGCCCAGCGGCCAGCUCAACCAUUGCCAUAUUUUAUGAACAAAUGCGUAAUGCAGCAUCAGCAGCAACAGCAGCAGCCGCAGCAUCAACAGCAACAGGAACAGCAAAUGCAACAAGUUAUUUUUAUUUAACGCUGUUAAGUGUAACCGUUACGUUUUGUACUAUAAGCAAUCAAUGUUAAAUGCAAUAUUCAUUUCAAAUUUAUGCCAUUUUUAUUGAGCUAAGUUUUUUCUUAAUCCUAUAUACAACAAAGAAUUAAAUCAAUACAAUAUUUUUGUAAUGUGACAAACUAAAAAUACAAUAAAUAUAAUUAAAAUACA